AUGGCUCGUCUUACUCUUAGCCUCGCAGCUGCUGCUGCCAGCUUGGUUUCUUCUGUCUCAGCUGCCGCCACUAGUGGGGACUUCAAUGUUCUCACUAUGAAUGUUGCUGGACUCCCGGCCAUUCUCAAUGGCAACGAUGUUCCAGGCGACAAGACAACAAACUCGCUUCUGAUCGGAACGCUGUUCGCCAAGUACGACUACGAUAUCAUUCAUGUGCAAGAAGAUUUCAACUAUCAUGCAUCUGUCUAUUCCACUGAUGAUCAUCCAUUCCGUACUGCAACUUCAGGUGGUGUUCCGUUCGGCAGUGGCUUGAACACACUUUCCAAUUUCGAUUGGAUCAACUUCAGCAGGAAGAAGUGGAAUGUUUGCUCUGAUGCUUCAUCCGCCGAUUGUUUAACCCCCAAGGGCUUCACAUUCAUGCGAGCUCAGAUCUCUGAGGGUGUCUACAUCGACACAUACAACUUGCAUGCAGAUGCUGGAACAGAGCCAGGAGAUUUGACAGCACGUGCUGCCAAUUUGCAAGAGGUCUCUGACUACAUUAACGUCUGGUCGGUUGGCAAUGCCGUCUUAGUCUUUGGAGAUACCAAUUCCAGAUAUACACGCACCGCCGAUAUUCCAAAUGUUUUUGCCAAGAAUAACGGAAUGACAGAUGUCUUUGUUCAGCUGACGCGCGGUGGUGUGAUUCCCACCGUCGAAACAUUGUGCGCCAAUCCAUCUCUCAACAAUACCUGCGAGACCGUCGACAAAGUGUUCUACCGAGGAUCUCGCCAGCUCACACUCCAAGCUACAAACUUUAACUACGAGUCUUCGAAGUUCGUGCAAGCAGACGGCAACGUUCUCAGCGACCACAAUCCAAUCUUGGUGAACUACACCUGGACCGCCAGCUCCGACUUCAGACAAUCCAACUACUUCGGUGGCCCUCACGGAAAUUGGUUCAACGAUCUCCCAUCACUCCCAGCCAAGCCAAAGGCGUCUGUCCUCAGCUUCCGUGGCAGUUCCCGUGUCGAUUCCGUCGGUCUUACUCUCACCAACGGCCAGACCUUCACCCACGGUGGAACCGGAGGAGCGGUUUCGUCAUUGACACUGGCAAACACUGAAUAUUGGGUUUCGGCGAAGCUGUGCCAGGGACAGAAGGAUAGCCAGACCAGAAUCUUCUCCAUUCUCGCUACCACAAGCACGGGACGCACUCUUGCUUCUGGCACCUCGACCUCGGACUGUGUAACCUACUCUGCUCCAACCGGGUGGCAGAUUGUUGGAUUCAAUGGGCAGGCCGCAGAUGAGAUUGACCAGCUUGCUCUGAUCUACGCCCCUAAGUAA